ACAGCUACCAUAAUUCUCACAUAACAAUAACAACCGCCUACAUUCACUAGCCAUCGUAUUGGAAUUUUCUGCUCAUACCUCUGAAGCGCAGGAAUCGGGAUCUAAGGCUUCUCGUAUCGAGCUGUGCUGAACGAUAUAAUCGACGCCCCAAAAGCUCCUCCCAGCUCUUCAAGCUUUAUUUGCGCCUAGCAAACUACGCCAUGUCGCUGGAAUCCGCGCUAGACGAGGAGCGUCAGGAGAUUUUGAGGCUUCUGGGAGGAGCAAAGAAUGAUGGCGGCCACCCUCCAGCUGAAGCGCCUUCUCUCGCCCAUAGGCACCGAGGGGCCAGUCCACCUGGACCUAGGUCGCCGGUGAGGAGCAUGCUCGACAUUACAGGGAAAUCAGCAGCAGCAGCUCGACAUGCAUCAAUAGCAGGGAGUAAUGUCGGUGCAAGCAGACCUGGAACGCGGACCGAUCCAACCAGCGAAUACCAGUUCGAUCCCCUUCCGAAUACGCCCAACCCAGCGCCCAAACGGGGCUCGCAGAGCAAGAGCGGUUUGCCAAGCGCGAUCACAGAUAUCUUACAAGGACAUACCGAUACUUCGUAUCGGCAGGGAAGAGGACGUCACAACUCGACUGCUGGAAUAUCACAGCACAAAUCAAAAUCACCCUCGACGCGCUUGGGACGUUCAGUCUCUCCGCGCCAUAGCUCGCUCAACACCAACUCGUUCAAUCCGAUGCCUACUCCGGGAAGGUAUACGUUAGAUGAUGGAAAGGUGGUUGAUAUGAACAGUGCAUAUCGGAGGCUCUCUGAUGCUGCCUUGCGCAAGUCUGGUGGCAGUCUGUCAAGUUUGGCAAGAGAUCGUGUGCGCUCGGACAGCGGCGAAAGCUUGUCUCCGUCUGGUGGUGUUCGGCUAAAUAAAGAUAUCGAUGCCGAUGACGACGAGGCCGCGGUAUCGAGUAGCGAUGACUCUGAUGACGGAAGUUCUGGGGAUGAGUGGGAUGGAGACGGUCGACGGGGCCGGAAAGGUCGACGAGAUAGUGAUGACACUUCAAAGAAUACUCCGGCCGGUAUGGGAAAUAAAGCAAAGAAUAAGACUGCCAAGAGCUUGAUGGCGGCUUCGGACGAAGAGAGAAAGCGAGUUGCGUCUGGCUACAAGGUGAAGUCUCUGCUCGAGCCUUCUGUGACCAUAACUGGGCCAGGAGGUGAAAAGUUAACAAAUAAACGCCCGGGCGUGCAUCCCACGACCAGCUUCGACAUGACCGCUUCCGGCGCUUCGACUCCAGUCACCUCCGAUACGGAACAGGAUCUUACCGACAUUAGGCGCGCGCAACGGAUGAAUAUCGCCAUGUCCAAGAUCACAUCGACUCCAGGAUCUCACCGUGCUAUCCGGACAGUAAUUCGGGGUGAAUUUUCCAAGAUGCAGCAGGAGGCCGAGGACGGUCUGCGCCGACAAAGGACUUAUUUGGUGGCCACGGAUCUUAGUGAUGAAGCCGCGCACGCACUUGAAUGGACGAUUGGAACGGUACUCCGAGAUGGCGAUACGUUGCUUGCUUUUUACGCCAUUGAUGAGGAAGGUGCUACAGGCAAAGGCGGCGAUCUGGAGGGUAACCAGGGCGUUGCGAUUGGCGAGGGCGCCUUGGCCGUUCAGGAUACGGCUGCUGUAGUGGGAUCGUUAACUGCUGAUCAGUCAACAUCUCAUCUGCAUGCUCUCUCUCCGCUGGGUCAGGCCGCUCAUCUUGCUGGUGGAGCCAGCAGCUCUCCCAGUACUCGGAACCUCUCUAGACCGGAGCAGGAACGUUUUCGGGCCGCAGAGGAUAUUUCCCAACGGUGUAUUCGCCUGCUGCGUAAAACGCGGCUACAAGUGCGAGUUGUCGUGGAGGUGAUACAUUGCAAGAGCCCGAAGCACUUGAUCACAGAAGUGAUUGACUUUAUUGAGCCAACGCUAGUGGUUCUUGGAUCAAGAGGUAGAAGUGCACUCAAAGGUGUUCUUCUGGGAUCAUUCUCCAAUUAUAUUGUUACCAAAUCGUCGGUCCCUGUUAUGGUGGCUCGUAAGAGGCUGCGAAAGCACAGCAAAUACAAGAAGACGAAUAUCCGUCUUUCCAACAAUCUGACAAGCCCGAAAGGUCUCGCAGCAGCCAAGAUUGAUUAAAAUUUGUCGUUUUUGGGGUUAUUUAUUGAUUUAAAAGGCCGAACUAACAUUAAGCCCCCUUUUUUUUUCUCUAAGAUCUCGGCAUCAUGGUAGGCACUGUUGUUCGAGCACCUAUGAAAUCUGAGUACACGGCGAUAUGCUCAAUCAAAGCAGUUGAUGCGUUGUUUGGGCAUGGGCGAUUGGCGACUGACUGGUACAAGCGAAGGGCCUUUUACUCAUGUUCCUUUUCUUUCUAUCCUUCACACCACCUUUACUCUCCUCUCUUUCCUCCUUCCUUCCUCUCUGUUCUCCAAAGCGAGCUAGUUGCAAACCGGGGUUAUGAAGCGCGUGCGGUAGGCAAAGUCAAUAUGAUAUGAGAUACCUCGGUAUCAACUUCCUGCGAACAGAUUUACGGAAAUUGGUGGCAUAGUGAUGACGAAACAGUGACUGAAGGAUCUGAUAAUGCCACCUGCGCG